AUGGCUACAAAAAAAGAACAGACAACGAAGCUAGUGAGCGAGCCCGGAAGCGCCCAACCAGUCUACGAGAAAAAGUUCUUCUACAAGAUAGUAGACUGCUCAAGACUGCGGGAGAUUGUACGAGAAUUAGAGACCUUGAUGCCUGGUAAAUAUCUCUUUUAUUUUUUCAGUCAGGGACUUUUGGAAUCAAGUCUAACAAAAGAUGUAAAAACAACAACACGGUAAAGUACAUAUGAACAAUCCUAAAGAAAACGCAAGAUGCAAACUGUCACGCUAUUUAGGCUAUCUCAGCACUUUAAAAAAGCAGUUACAGAGCCGACUGAGAUAUCUCUGAAAAACCGAUUUAACCUGCCAAAGAACAAAAGAGAAAUACACACAAGCCAAAAAGGACGUGACACGCAUAGGCAAACUUGAAGAGGAUUAAAGGGAACUUUUGAAACACGGCGACCCGCAUUUUUCAAUUUUGGCUCAAAUUAGAAAGAUCAUGAGUUGACGCUGACUUUGAACGCUUUGAAAUCACAUAAAAUUUAUAUCACGAAAGAUAUGAACACGCCAAUAUUAAUAAAGACUGGGGAUUAUCCGCUCUGGGACAAAGUUAAGUUUAUUGACCGAGCUUUUUUGACAUAAGACUUCACCCUAAAGACAUAAACAGGGACAGUGGAAUUGAGAUUCCUGAAGCUUGGAUGCUGACAAUCAGACAACAUAACAAGUUAUCUCUAUCACAAUUUCAAGUCAAAGGCUCGUACGUAGGUCUGUGUAAACUAAAAUAGGUAAUACAUUAAACACAACCUUAUUAGGCCUAUUUAAUGUACCAGUUAUUCGCCCCAUGUGACGGUAUUCCGGAUUCGGGAAUCCGGAAUACUGGGCUUUGGAAUUGACAAUCCAGGUGAAGGAAUCCAGAAUCAAGCUAACCAUUGGAAUCCGAAAUAGAAGUUCCACUGACAAAGAAUCCGGACCAGUACCUGGAAUCCGUAAUUUAUAAUUACAUAGGGCAAAAUUAUUAUUGAUUGUUUUGUUUUUACUUCUUUUAGAUUUUUAUACUGUGGAAAUGGAUGAGAAGAUUAACAGGGAUAUUAAUCUGAGGGGCGUGGUUAACAUGAAGAGCUGCAAGGUGGGAUUGAAGGUGCAUUUCAAAGAGGGCAGGUCUUGUACUGAGGCAACGAAUGCCCCUGGUCGAAAUAGACGUCGAGCAAUGGGCUGCUGGUGGUGUGGUCGUUGCUAUAAUAUUGAAGCAACAAGCUGA